GCGGAGCUGAGGGUUGGGACUUCCAGACUGUCUAACGGAGAGGCCCCGGCUGUGGGUGUCAUCUCCAGUGAGUGAGAAGGGGGUGGUGGACUUGAGACAGCGGGCAGGUCUUCUGGCUUCUUGGACACUCGGUUUCCCUAGCGGUUAGUGGGUGAGGGUGGAGGGGCCGGCAGAACAACCGACGAGGACUGGGUGGUUCUCAGGGCCGUUGGCGAGACCAUGGUCGGCCUUUCCUGAGGUCUGUGGCACCAUGGAGAAUGGAAAGGGAGGGUCCAGAAAAGGUCGGAGGCUGGCAUCCAGUCGCCGGAGGCAGAUCCGAGAGCCGGCGGAUGGUCAGGAUACCCCCGCGGCCCCAGAGCCCGAGACCUGGCCGCCUCAUGCUGAGGAAGAGCUGCAGUCCUUCUUCCGGGACUGUGGUGCCAAAGAGAGAGGCUUUGUCACCCGAGAGGACCUGGCGGAGGCCAAGUUCAGCUUCGUGGGGAGCGAGGAGCCGCAGAUGAUAUUUGACUGGGUAGACACCGAGAACAGGGGCCGGCUGUCGCUGGAAGAAUUCAGCUCUGGACUCAAAAAUGUCUUUGGCUCCAGCCCAGGUACCCACAGGCUCCCCAGAAAGCAGACCACGCUCUCUCAACCAGUAUCUGCGACCUUCAGCUUGCCUGCCCUCGAGGAGGCCGAUGCCGAAGAGAAGGAGGCCUUCCGGGCGCUUGUAGGGCAGAUGGGGACCGGCCACUCCCUUUCUGAGCAGGCUGAGAUCUGGAAGCUGUGGCGGGAGCUGGGUCAGGAGGAGCCCCGGCUGGCAGGCAAUUUGGAGGGCUUCCUGGCCAAGAUGAGCAUUCGUCUGCAGGAGGCCCGGGCUGACCGGGAGGCCCUGGAGUGGACGCUGAGGAAGCGAGACUCCGACCAUCUCCACAAUGUGAGGCAGCUCUAUGAGGAGACGGAGGAGCAGAUCCGCAGGGAGAAGCAGCAGCUGCAGGCGCAGAGUGACUCCCGGGGCAUGGCCCUCAGAACCCACAUGCAGGAGGCUCUGGAGGCCAAGGAACAAGAGGUUCAACGGUUGGCAGAGGGCCAGAGAGAGCUGGAGGCGCAGCUGCUCCACCUCAGCAGCACCCAGCAGGAGGCCAGCUGGGAGAAUCUGCAGCUUAGGGAGGCUGAGCGCAACCUGGCUGGACAGCUGGAGGAGGUGCGGGGGCAGCUGCAGGUGACCAGGGGACACCUGGAUACUGCCAGGGGCCGAGCGUCCUGGCAGGUAGAGGAAGAACCAAGUGUCCCCAGAGAAAAUAAGAAGGCCCCAGACCCUCCAGCUGUCCCCACUGAGGAGGCCCCACUGCCUGAGCUGUUUGGGGACAAUGACGACUGGGACCAGCUCCUGAAUACCUUUGGAGACCAUUCCCACAGGACCCUGCAGCUUUGCUGGAGCCCACCCCCGACCCCGAGUGGCACCUCAGGCCCCCAGACUCCCCGAAUUGUUAGGCAGAUCUCCAUUUCCAAGCUGCCUGCUUUACAGUUUGCUCAGGAGCCAACCUCAGAUCCAGACCCGGGUCCAAGAAGCCCUGCCGGGGUGCCUCCUGGUACCAAAGAUAGGAGGGGGGUGGAGGACCCCGAGGGUCAGGACGCACAGGAUGGCAGUUCUAAGCAGCCUGUGGACACCCCUGGCCUGGAAGCUAGACCUGAAUCCCCCUUCCUCUGGAGCCUGCUGGGAGCCCGGGCUGGGGAAUCUGAGAGCGUGGGAGCAGAGGCUUUCAGAGUGCGGCUUGCUUUUGAGGCUGAGCCUCCUCCUCGAGGGCUCCCUCCUCCUCAGUCCCCAGCUGGGUCCAGAAAACAGUCCCAGGCCCCAGACCUCAGUGACGAGAGCCUUUGGCCUGGACCUGAUCCAGCCAAGCUACCCAUGGCAAGAGAAGACCUGACAGAGGGCCUGAAGCUGGGAUUAGGGUCCCAGGGAGCCAUGAUCCUUCCCGAGGGGGCUGCAGAGCCCUCCUCCCCAAACCUGGAGCCUGUGGGCCAGGUACCCACAGAGACACCAGUGCAGGGUGAGGCAGGCCUGGCUAGGCAGGAGAGUCAUUCUAGGGCUUUCCAAGAAGCCCAUGGCCAGGUCCUUAAGUUGGAUAGCCUGGCUACCCACCUCCUCCAGAGUCCCGAAGAGCAGCCCAGGCCAGAGGAAGGAAACUCAGGAGAGAGAGGCCGGGAGGACCUGGGAUCAGAACAGGCCGAUGAGGCUCACAGCCUCGAAGCCAGGGGCCCAGAAUCACCCCAACGAGAUGAUCUGCAGGAAGCCCAUGGCCAGGUCCUUAAGUUGGAUAGCCUAGCUAUCCACCUCCGCCAGAGUCCCAAAGAGCAGCCCAGGCCAGAGGAAGGAAACUCAGGAGAGAGAGGCCGGGAGGACCUGGGAUCAGAACAGGCCGACGAGGCUCACAGCCUCGAAGCCAGGGGCCCAGAAUCACCCCCACGAGAUGGUCUGCAGGAGCCUGACACAUCACAGGCUCCUGCAAGGACAGAGGUCCCUGCUCCUGGCAAAAUGUCUCCUCCGAGAGGCUCUCCCAUCAUGGGGUCCGGGGCUGGGCUUGCAGUGGGAGCCCCAGAGACCGCACGAGCCCUCCUCGCCUUGACCGAACUGGAAGCCCAGCCCAGGUCCAUGUCCAUGCCUGUUCAGGUGGAGAGCAAGCCAGGCACCCCUCAGCCCCCGGAGCCAGGGGCAGAGAGCAGGCCGGAGGACCCAGGAACAAACCCAGGGGAGGCGGAACUCACCGCUGGCAAGCCUCAGGCUGACCCCGACUAUCUCUACCACGUCAUCUUCCUGGGGGACUCCAAUGUGGGCAAGACCUCAUUCCUACACCUGUUACACCACGAUGCCUUUGCCACCGGGCUGACAGCCACUGUAGGAGUGGAUUUUCGCACCAAAACCCUGGUGGUAGACAACAAAAACUUUGCGCUGCAGCUGUGGGACACAGCUGGACAAGAGAGGUACCACAGCCUCACCCGACAGCUGCUUCGCAAGGCCGAGGGGGUGGUGCUCAUGUAUGACGUCACCUCCCGAGAGAGCUUCACCCACGUGCGGUACUGGCUGGACUGUCUGCAGGAUGCGGGUGCAGAUGGGGUGGCCGUGGUGCUGCUGGGAAACAAGAUGGACUGCGAGGAGGAGAGGCAGGUGCCCACUGAAGCUGGGAGAAGACUGGCCCAGGAGCUGGGGGUCUCCUUUGGGGAGUGCAGCGCGGCCCUGGGUCACAACAUCCUGGAGCCCCUGAUGAACCUGGCUCGGUCACUUAAGAUGCAGGAAGACCGCCUGAAGGCCUCGAUGGUGGAAGUGGCCCACCAGCAGCCACCCAAGAGAGCUGGCUGCUGCCGCUGAUCACCCGUCUGGUCCCAUCACGGACUGCCCCUUCCCAUGGCUUCUAUUCUGCUUCCUGGACACGGCUGUGACAGAGAAGCCCUGCAGGAGACAGGGUCACCUCUGCUCCCCUGAGCAAACAUGGCUGGGGUGGAUGGCAGGACAGUCUAGAAACCUCACCCAGGGAAAGUAUCCCUAAAUCUUUUGUUCACCCCAGGUGGCAAGAUGUCGGGAUAGUCUAGUUUAAUUUCUGCUGUGAUAAAUACUAUCAAAAGCAGCUCAGAGGAGGAAAGGGGGUCUUUCAGCUUACACUUCCAGGAACUGGAGAGGGAACCAUGGAGGAAUGCUGUUUGCUGACUCACAUGCCUCCUAAUGCUUAGCUGGCUUUUAUAUAUAGCCCAGGCCCACCUGCCUAGGGAUGGCGCCGCCCACAGUGAACAGAGCCCUCCCGAAUCAAUCUUCAAGCAGAACAGUGCCCCACAGACAUGCCCACCAUGGGCCAGUCUGGUAAAGGCCAAUCUUCAUGUAAGUUUCCCUCUUCGCUGGUGACUCUAGAUUGUGUUAAGUGGAUAAUAAAAACUAACCCGGGCACAGGACACCUGUGGGGAUGCUAUUUUUCCUUUUGAGUAUUUUUGGAUUUUCUUCAGUGCCUAGGGAUGCCUUGUCCAAUCGGGGCAUCAGACAUAGAGGAGGAAAUAAACCUUGCAGAGAG